AUGGUAGAAGUUCGCCAGCUAGCUUCUAUUGGCGAAGCGAUAUUCGCGAAAGUUAACAUCUCCCGCGGAACGCGUAUUGCUGCCGAGACUCCACUGAUCACAGUACCACCUAUCAACUCUAUCGAUGAAGAGCUAUGGGAGUUGUGCAAUGCCGUCGACAAAAUCACUGAUGGUAAAUCCAAGGAGCUAGAAAAGUUACCUUACAGCUCUAAAGUGGUAGGUAUUAUUAAAAAAGGAGGUCAUGUCGAUAACCGAGUUUGGUGCUUCUACAAGAAUAGGAAGUUGAAAAACAGCGACGGAAAGUUGCUAAAGGGGAAAAAGCUGGGGAGGAUAGUUAACAGAACAAUUAAUCUCUGUAUGAUCUACCUCGUCAACAAUGUUCAGCUAGGACCUGGUGGGAAAUACGGCUCGGGUAUUUUCCCCCUAUAUACCCGAAUCAACCAUUCCUGCGUCCCUAACGCCUACAACUCUUGGAACCCAACUUUAGAGCGGUUGACUAUACACGCGAUCCACGACAUCAAAGCCGGCGAACAAAUAUUCGUAGAUUAUAUUGGCAAGGCAUGUCGAACUCGCAACCAGCGCAACUUCUCAUUGCAUACCGCAUGGGACAUUACUUGCAACUGCGCGGCCUGUACCGAUGAUAGACUUGACCAGUUACGAUAUCGCAUGCUAGUCCUCGAUCAAGCCCUAGCGGCAUACGAGUGCGGCGCGUCCGAAGAAGCACAUCUUGAGGGUAUUCCCAAGCUCGAGACGAACGAGCAAGCCCUCAAGGCCGCAGAGGAACUUGUAAAACUUUUCAAGAAACAACGGUUAUGUGGUAUGGAGCUCUGUAAAACGUAA